AUGGGUGAUGAACUCAUACGUAUGGAAAGGGGAGAAUUAAGAUCAAUUCAAAAGGAGUUUGAACUUGACAAAUACCUCCUAAAAAUAGAAUCACUAAUAAACGAUCUAUUUUGAGAUAGAUGAUACAGACAACUAACUAAAGCUUUUUGGCACAUCAGAGAUUUCUCAUACGAAGGUCUUCCAGUUGCCUUGCUUUCAUGUGAUAUGGAAGCAAGAGGGCACGACAAACUAAUUGAGUAUAUCACUUCUUUCAGUUCUAACUCUGAAUGCAAAAUACUCAUAUUCCAAUCUUACUCAAAAACAACCAAAAAGAAAAAUGCUUUAAAAGAAGUGACAAACUUAAUAAAUAGUGAGUUUAGCUACGCUGCGAUUUAUUCAUUUUUUUUGAUGAAUAGUUUUAAAUUUUAUUAUUAAAAGCUAGUUAAAACCACUUAUUUAUAGAUUUAUACAUAGAAAGCUAUGAAGAAUGAGACGAGUCGCUUGUGUCCGAUCUAUUUGAAAUAGUCCUAGAAAAGAAAAACACAAAACAUAUAGGAUUCAUAGUCGACAUUUCAACUGACCCACGAGAGUUUGUUUCAAACCUCGAUAUGAAUGUGUCACAAUGCUUAUUCAUUGAAGAAUACAGACUUGGCGCCUUUUCAGCAGUUUCAAAAGAAAUACUUUAUGAACUUAUAAGCACCUAUUACCUUCCACUUCCUGAUAGAGAGCUUUUCACUCAUUUGCUUUCUACACAAAACGAAGCCUAUUUUAUCAAAAUGAUCAAGCAAGCUUUACUGAUCCUUCUAAAACAGCACCCUGAAUUUAAAGACUCCUUAGAAGCCUUAAUGUCAGAUCCUGAAGACAGCAUCAUUCCUGAAAUCCAAACUUUUAUAGGGAUCAAGAAGCACUGGCUUGAUUUAUUUCAAAAACUUUAUCUGCUUUAUAGCUGUAGUCCUAUUGAUUUUGGGAUAAAUAAAACAGAUUUAUUUAUUGAUAUUUAUUUGGCAGAAAAAAUUGACUCAAUUAAGUGUGAAUAUUUAAAAAAAAUUAAAAUUGAUGAUUUUCAAGAUCUAAAUAUUUGGUCUGAGUAUUUAGCAAAUUUAGCUGCAAAUGGAGUUAUUUCUCAAGCAGAGCAUACAAUUAUACUAGAAAGCUAUGAAAAAACUCCAGAGAUCAGUGGCAGAAGAGGCAGAAAUGCAGCUGAUGAGCCUAAAUUAGCAAGAUGGAGAGAAGCUCAUGUUACUUCGACACUUCUGAAAAACACAUUUAACCUUUUGAAUUAUCUUCCAUCAGAUAUCGAGAAGCACAUGCCAGAUUUUUCGUCACAAUUUAUAUUAUCUAUGCCUCGUGAUAUCGAUACUAACAUUAUGAGGGAAAAUAUUGGAGAACUAAAUGUUCCACAAAAAAAUAACCUUUGCAGAGGAAACCCUCUAGGCCUCCAUGAUAUGCAAAUCCUUUUUUAUUUGCUGAAGCCUUGUGAGAUUGUGGUUGAAUUAAAUAAUUUAUUCAAUGCAUUUGUUACGCAAAUCGCUGGAGAAAAUGCAACACCGAAAAAAAUAUCGAUUUUGCAGUAAUUUCUAAUUAGAUCGAGAUUUAUUUUUGCAUGUAAUGAAUUAAAGAUGCUAGGGUUACUUAAAUCUACGAAGAAGAAAAGCAAAGCAGGAAUGAUUUAUUUAGAGAAAAACUUUUUUGCAAGAUCAACAUUAUACAAUUAA